AUUGUUAUAGCAAUAAAGGAAACGGACAGAUUUGUCUUCAAAUCCCACACUCUGUGGACAGUCAGCUGUCCCCAUUCCUGUUCCUCUGCAGUGGUGGCAUCUGCGUGCAGCUUAGAAGAAAGACACUGCUGAUCCUGUAACAUGGAGGAUUGUCUUCAUACCUCAUCUGAGAAUCUGUCCAAAUUGGUCAGCUGGGCCCACAGCCAUGGGACUAUUUGCAGCCUCAUUCCAAACCUGAAACACUUGCUGUCUGAAGGUUCCCAUGGGAACCUGACUGCAAUGUGGGGCUGCAGUGCUGGUCAUGCUUACCACUGGCCACUAACAGCUACUUGCAGAGCUGGGUCCCAAGAGAGGGUUUGUUUCCAGGACAACCGAAGUUUUAAUUCUGAUAGUCCCAGUAUAAUUGGGGUGCCUUCUGAGACGCAGACUAGCCCUGUGGAGAGAUACCCCGGGAGACCUGUGAAGGCAAAGCUGGACUGUAACCGGACCAGAGACUCUUGUGACUUCUCUUACUGCAGUGAGCCUUCUGAGCUGGACGAAGCUGUUGAGGAGUACGAAGAUGAAAACACACUGUUUGACAUGGUUUGUGAGUCUUCUGUUACAGAUGAGGACAGUGACUUUGAACCCCAAACCCAGAGGCCUCAAAGCAUUGCUCGCAAAAGGCCCGGAAUAGUCCCAUCUUCUAUCCAUUCAAGUUCCCAGGGACAGAUGGUUGAUGAGUGCAGUAAUGAUGUCAUCAUCAAGAAAAUCAAGCAAGAGAUUCCAGAAGAUUAUUACAUUGUGGCAAAUGCAGAGCUGACUGGAGGAGUGGAUGGACCAGCCCUUUCAUUGACACAGAUGGCAAAGCCCAAGCUUCAGACUCAUGCUGGUCCCUCCUGUGUAGGGUCUGCUAAACUGAUUCCCCAUGUAACAUCCGCCCUCAGUGCGGAGCUAGACCCACACAGUAUGUCAGCAUCCCCCUCUGUGAUCUCCAGACCAAUCAUCCCAAAGACUGCUAGGGUGUCUCUGGCUUCACCAAACAGAGGACCCCCUGGUGCCCAUGGCACCGCCCACCAGGUGACCAUGCAGAUGCCUGUGAGCACAUCACAUCCUAACAAGCAGAUCAGUAUCCCUUUGUCUGCCCUUCAGCUGCCUGGACAGGAUGAGCAAGUUGCUUCUGAGGAGUUCCUGCCCCAUUUGCCUAGCCAGGUCUCAUCUUGUGAGGUAGCCCUUUCUCCCUCGGUUAACACAGAGCCUGAAGUGAGCUCCAGUCAACAGCAGCCCCCUGUUGCUCCAACCAUAACCACUGAAGCCACUGCACAGUGCAUUCCAGACCAGGAUGAAAGAGCAGCUGAGCUCAGCAGGGAGCAGAAUGAGAAAACCAUCCGGAGCACGCAGACUGCGCUCCGCAAUUUCCGGGAGUUCCUCAUCUCCAAGUACCCUUCGGAAACCAGAGAGAUCUAUGUCAUCCCUUGCAAGGAGCUAGAUGCCUACCUUGCCUCCUUCUUCGUGGAUGCCAGGCAGAAGGAUGGGUCUGAGUACGAACCCAACAGCUUGGCGAAUUACCAGUGUGGGCUGGAACGGUACCUGAAAGAGCACCGGUAUGGCUACAGCAUCACCAGGGAUAAGGAGUUUAAGCGUUCCCAGGAGGCCCUGAAACAGAAGCAGAUUGAACUCCGCUGCAAAGGAAAAGGAAACAAGCCACACAAGUCCAUGAAGCUCACCUUUGCCGACGAGCUCAUAUUGCGGAAGAGAGGACUGCUGAGCCGGUAUAACCCUGAGGGUCUGCUCAACCUUGUCUGGCUUAACAAUACAAAAGCUUUUGGGCACUGCACAGGCUUCCAUGGAUCCACCUUGAAAUGGGGCGACAUCCGACUCCGGGUCACAGAAACUGGGCUCGAGUAUUUGGAAUGGAUGGGUCAGGACACCGGUGAUCUGAAUGCCAAAACCAAGAGAGGAGGGACAGACUCACGGGUUUAUGCCACCCAGCAUGCCCCACAGACUUGCCCGGUGCAGGACUAUAAGGAAUAUGCCCAGCGGAGGCCUCCGGCCAUGCGCUAUGAGGAUGCCCCCUUCUACCUGUCCAUCAAGCCAGUUGUGAACCUGGCGGCUCUGCAUUGGUACAAUUGCCAGGCCCUCGGCAAGAACAAGCUGGCCAAGAUGGUGAAAACCAUGUGCGAGAAGGGCAACAUCCCGGGCAGGAAGACCAACUUCAGUGUCUACCAGAGCUGCAGCACCUUGUCUGAGGCCCAGAGCAACCAGCUGGUCCUCAUCUGCAACAACCUGAGCCAGCAGGCCGCCCAGUCAGUGGCGGGCCACUCCAACAGCAGCAAUUUCAUUGUCUCCUCUUACGACUCUUCCUCAGACACAGCUUGACCAGGUGGCUUGCGCAAGACCUCACUUUGGUUUCUGUGUCCCAAGAAACUGUCAUUGUAUACUGCAUUUCGUCGCCUUUCAUCUGCCCUCAGUGUUAACUUUAUAAAAUGCAAAUCUCUAUUUUUCUUUUUACAGAUAAGCCAAUGGCAAUAGUUUAGUAUCACUAACACAGUAUUUAUAGGCCUGAGACAAAUAAGUGUGCUUGUGGGUGAUUCCAUGUAAUUGCUGUUACAGACUUGGCAAAACCGUAGUGGUUCUCAGGCAAUGGUAGAGAAAGAAUUCCGUUUUGAAAAAACCAUCAGAAAGGAAACCAAGUCAUUCAAGACACUAUGUCCUCACUCCUCCUUGCCUCCUCACGUCCCGAUUUUGAUCUCCUUCACAGAUGGAUUUAUUUUUUUAAUUUUUAAAAAUUCUAUAUGAAUCUGGAGGAGACAACUUUACUGCUCAUGCCAGAUGUUGCUGAGCCAGAGCAGGUCAUGAAAGGGGUAUCAUAAGCUCAGCGUCAAGUUAUUUACAUGUAUUGUUAGUGUAGAGUUUUAGCUCCUGGACCUCACUUUUCACCAUAUAUGGAGAUCCCAAUGCUUAAAGAAUUUUUCUUUGGGGGGGAGGGGGCGGCGUGUAGAAGGAGGAAUAAAGGUGCCAUUCUUUUUGGAAGACGUCUCAUUUCUAAACAAUAUGCAAGGUCUGGUACCAUGAGGGGUGGGGAGACUGUUACAGAGCUCAUUUUUAGUGGUGUGAUUGGACCUGCAUAGGAUGUUCUUUUUCCCUAAGUCAGUGUAAAUGAGUUUGAUCAUCAGAUUUACAAGAAAUUUUAAACUUUCAAGAACUUUGAAAAUAUUUCCAAGUGUUAGAUUGUCUAUCAAGAAUAAAAGAAAAGGUAGAAAAUGGAGGCCCCACUAAAAAUCCGGACGCCUUGGUAGAGACAACAAGCUGCAGGACCCUGUUACUGUGUGUAAGCAUUAAAUCCAGCUCUUUUCCCCAGGGGAUCACUUGACUCUGCUGCACUUAGCAUCAAGGGAGCAUUGAUACCCAUCUUAAAUCACAAUAGUUAGUUACCAGCCUUACCAGAACUCAAAGCAUUCUUGAGUUUCUUCUCAGUAAAUAGAAAUGCAUUUAUCUGUGGUAAUCUGUAGUUGAAAUAAUUUUGGUUAAACAUUUGUGGUGGUUUUUCCAGUCUUUGUUUUCAAGUCUUGAAGACUGUAGUAAAUUAUUAGUUAAAACACUUCAAAAAUCAAAUACAUUUAGUCAUUAGAGCCACAGUAAGAUUGAGCUGGCUUCCUUCCCGUCCUAUCCAAUCAGUAAUACAGAAGGACUCUGAAAACCGUCAUUGGUUGGUCACAGUUGAGCACCUGUUGGGGAGCUGUUUAUUCUUCAGGUCAACCGUAUCACUCACAUUAGCUUGGAAGAUAGGUGGUACUUUAUUAUCUUCUGAUAUGAAAAGAGAAAUCUUUUCAUUUGCUUUUCUAAAUUGUCACAGAGCCGAGCUCUCCCAUGGCUAAGUGGCUCUUCGCAUCAAUAUGUAAUAAGCACACAUGGGGCCUUUCUUCUAGGCUGUGGUCUUUAGUGCAGAAGUGGCAGGUGAGCCUGGGACCUUGGUGGGUAGAAGUAGCUUUAUGAGCUUGUCCUUCCGAGAGAAGCAUCAUUAAGAAAAGGUAUAUAUUUCUAUAUAAGUAUUAUCUAAAUCCUUUGAGCAACCUAAAGAGGAAGCAAGUUAUCCUCAUUUUAUGGUGAAAUCAUAAGUCGGUUAGAUGAAGAAGGAGUCUGUCUUCUCCCCCCAGCCUUUUUCUAUUCAUCUUAUGAGCUAGUUGUUCGUUUGGGUGGUUUGAGCCAGAAAUGAGAACAGUGUCUUUCCAUUGCUGAAGGCUGUCUAGUUUCAAGGAAUGCUGGGUGAUGUUUCAUGAUUGCACACGAUCCUCUGACCCACCUCCCCAUCACCUCCACUUAAAUACACAGCUGCUUUCUCCCAGUUCCUCUGCAGACCCUCCCCACUCUUGGAGUCAGACAAGCCCGCUGUAAGGGAACUUUUUGAAAGGCUGUUUUAUGUGGUAUACUUGUCAUUUUUUAUCAUCAUAGUUUUUAAAUCCUCCAUCAUGUUGGCAGCAGAGUUGGUUUUGAGAAAGGAAGCCUGUCACUGUGCACUCCACUAAGAGGAUGGAACUAGGCAGUUCUGAGUCCCUGCUGGUGGUGUUGAGUCCUGACAGGAGCAUCUACCCUGCCUAAUCUUAAGUACUACAUUUUCAUCAAGACAGUUACAUCAAUAAUAUGAAUUACUUUUAUUUACUUAUGUUUUGCUGUGAUAACUAACCAGAUAAGAACACUGUGAUAUUUAGAUUAAAACAACUUUUUGAAAAAUGGCUUACUAGAAGAAGUAUAGCCAACCUAGAACCUCUUUAAUUAAAUUAUACAAAGUCCAUGACUACCUCUAAAUUUUGUAUUUUUAUCUAAACAAUUCUAAGGAUAUACCACUACCAGAUGCUGUUUUUAUUACUUAGAAUUUUAACUUAUAAAAUGAUUCCACGUCAUGGCAGAGGUGUACGUCAGCAUUUAUCAUGGUUAUUAGGGCUAAUGUGAAAUGUUCCAUAUGUAAUAUAUGUCAACUAUUAAAUAUUUAUUUCAUAAUUUUAACUAUCUUAGAAUUUCCCUGUUAAUUUGCUUUCUCUUAAGUUAUUGUGUUGUGUUCUGCUUGAUACAGGGUUUCUCCACAUUGUCUGUCCUCACCCUCGUCCCCCCAGAUCCCGGGUGCUGGGGCUACAGGAAAGCAGCACCAUACACAGCUCAUUUCCCUAAGUUAAAGUAUUACCUGAGCUUCAAUAGUGCCUGCAUCUUUUCUGGUGUAGGUUAAGUCUCUGGUUUUUCAGUUAGGUCUUAGUAUUGGAAACUGUGGCGUUAACUAACAUCCAGAGCCAUACUAUCGAUGAAUUUAUUGAGAUGAAAAUUUAUGGUUACAGAGGCAAAUAUUUACUGAAUAUCCAGUCAGUGGGAAGUCUGUAAAGAUGUAUACAGUUCUUCCUGUUCUCAAAGAAGAUAUAGAGAUGCUAUAGUAACAGUUUUAUUUUUGAGAGCCCAGCCUUCCCCUCCCCCAAAUCUCUGUGCUGAUCCUAUUGUGCAUUGUCUUUCAUACUUUGUGCCUCUGCAGUAACUUAAGUCAUUGAGUAUUCCAGUUUGCUGCAGAAUGUAUCCCACUUCUUUGAGUAUUUUUUUAAUCAUUUUUAUUUUGUGUGCAUUGGUGUUUCGUCUGCAUGUAUAUCUGUGUAAGUUCAUUUCCCCUAGAAAUGAACUUACAGACAGCUGUGAGCUGCCAUGUGGGUACUGGGGAUUGAACCCAGGUCCUCUGGAAGGGCAGUCGGUGCUCUUAACCACUGAGCCAUCUCUCCAGCCCUUUGAGUAUUUUUAUGAAGACCUUUCCUUAGAGCUUCUCCCCACACACCCCAAGUCAGGGUUUCUCUGUAUAAUCCUGGCUGUCCUGGAACUCACUCUGUAGACCAGGUUGGCCUCCAACUAACAGAGAUCUGCCUGCCUCAACCUCCCAGUGCUGGGAUAGAGUUUUUCUUAAAAUCAGUAAUACGGUGAAGCCAUUUGUGUACCAUCCCUGUGUUCACAUAGGUGCAUACCCACAGGAAAGUCAUGCUGUAUUGUGACAUAGUCAUUUGUUAGAGCGUACAGUGUGCCCCUGUCCCAGGACCCACAGGAAAGUCAGGCUGUAUUGUGACAUAGUCAUUUGUUAGAGCGUACAGUGUGCCCCUGUCCCAGGACCCACAGGAAAGUCAGGCUGUAUUGUGACAUAGUCAUUUGUUAGAGCGUACAGUGUGCCCCUGUCCCAGGACCCACAGGAAAGUCAGGCUGUAUUGUGACAUAGUCAUUUGUUAGAGCGUACAGUGUGCCCCUGUCCCAGGACCCACAGGAAAGUCAGGCUGUAUUGUGACAUAGUCAUUUGUUAGAGCGUACAGUGUGCCCCUGUCCCAGGUGCUUCUCUAAGUUGUCUUUAUCAGUAACCAUUUUAAAUGACCAUUCCUGCUCUUUGUAAGGGAGAAGGUCGGAUGGGUUGCCCCGGUCACAGAGUGAGUGGGGAGGAGCAGUGGUGGUCCCUGAAGGACAUCCUGGUCCCACCAUGUCCUGUCCUCUACUGUGGCUGCUAUCCAGGCACCACUCACUCGUGCUCUGGUAAUUCUGCAGUAGGCUCUCUGAAGUGACAAGCUGUAGAUCAAAUCUCUGGUACAAGAUAGUUUUUUGAGAAAGGGCUUUGACUGGAGCCUGGGGCCCAGCAGUUAGGCUAGGCUGUCCUCUCAUAAGGUAGAGUGCUCGAGCUGGGAUGAAAAUUAGCAGUCCUUCCCGUCAAACAGGUCUGGGAACCCAGAAGUACACUGUAGAUACCAUCUCCAGUUACUGCUGUGUUUUACUGAUAGCAGAUAAAGGGGAAUUGUAUCGGUAAACUACCAGCAACUCUGAUUUGACCUUUCUAAGCAGAGAAAAGGAAGACAGAUCUCUCAAGGUCCAGCUGACCUGAAAAUUGACCUGUUGGGUGUGCCAGAACUGAGUGAAAGGCCUGAUUUGGUAUUAAAGAUUGUGGUUUCCUAAAAAUACGACAUUUUAGUGUACUAAGUUGAGUUUUAGUGCAAGCCAUGAUGAAUUAGAGUCAGUAUUAGUUAGGUCCAAGUAUUGCUAUAAAGCCAUUGUCUUUGUUGAAUUGUGAUCUUAGAGGCUACCCCUGGAAAGGACCUAAGAAGUUGUCUCGCCCAGUGAUUACCAAGAUUUAGACUCAGAAACCAUAUCUUCCUUCAGGGAGAUGGUAAGGAAGGUAAAGGGAUGGAUACCUCAGAAAGAACAUGUGAACGUGCACACUCACACACACUUGCUGGAGAGUCAGCUUCUAGACCUCCUCUGUCCUUUGAGACUGACUGUGCUGAAUGGGCUGAUGUUACCUCUGUUCCACAGCCCCCACAGAGAUGAGCACCUGGGUCUUCCCAUCUCAUUAGGAUUAGAGCCAGGAGAACCCAGACACCUGACUACUCCUGUCCUUAACAGAAAAACUUGAUAGAAUUUAGAGAAGAAAUCCCACCUACGUGGAAGUAAACCCUGAGUUAAAUGUGUUUUUCUUCUUUUCCAAAUUGUAUUUUAAACUUCUGUAUAUUUGUUUGGGUUUUUAAGACUGGGUCUCAUGGUAUAGCUUUGGCUAGCUGGAACUAUGUAGACCAGGUUGGCUUUGAACUCACAGAAUCUGCCUGCCUCUGCCUCUGGAGUGCUGGGAUCAGAGGUGUACACCACCGUGCCCAGAAUUAACCCUCUAGUUCGUUAUAGGCUGUUUGAAUGUGAAACCUAACUUUUCAUUGUAUAGGGUUAUGUCUUGAUUUUUAGCCAUGUUUCAUUGUAAAAUUUGUUAGAAUCACUUCUAGUGUAAUUGUUUCCUAACAAAUGUCUCUGCUCAUCCCACUUAUAGUUAGUUUUCAACUAUAAAUGGGGAGGCAAACUACCCACAUCUCUAAGUAUUGGAUUCCAUUUAUAGUUAGUUUUCAACUAUAAAUGGGGGGGGGCAAACUACCCACAUCUCUAAGUAUAAUGGGGAGGCAAACUACCCACAUCUCUAAGUAUUGGAUUGCAGAUCAUGGACCAAAGGGAAUUCCUGUUUCGUUGGGAUUCUCCUGGAAAUCCAGCUCUAUGGUAUCCAUGUUAUUGGUUUGAGAUACAAUUUGUACUAUUUGACAGUUUGAGACAUACCUUCAGUCAAAAGGAUUACAAUUUUAUCAACAUAAUUAAGAUUUUCUUAAGUGAAUUUAUUCAGUGGUAAAAAGGGAAAAGUGGUAGGCGGUGAUACAGGUCUGCAGCAGGGAGAUUAGAAAUGCAGAGUGGGUUUCCUGUGUUAGCUUGACUUUUCUUCUGGAAUUCAAGCAUAAGAAAUUUCACAGACACAAUUUGCAAAUUGUGUUUAUCAGAAUCAGUGGAGACAGUAUCAAAUUUUAGGAUUUUUUAAAAGUGCAGUGUAGUUGUCUUUUUAUGGAAUGUCUGACUUGGUAUGACACUGGAAUUAGCAUUUUUACCGUUUUGCAUUGAUUUCCAUGGGAGCUUUGCAAAUGCUUUGACCUAGUUUACUCGUUCGUGGUAGGUAGAAUUAGGAUGGCAUUGGGAAUGUAGAACCCUAACAGUUAUUGUACACACAGUGUUUUAGUGACUGUUGAGUGUCUGUGUUGUUACAUUUUAUAAGUCACGUACCUUAGAGUACUGUACUAUUAAUUUAUAAUUGAUUAUUUAUACUGGGUGUCCAUAUUUAGUAUUAGUCCAGCCAGAUUAACUUUAUCUAACUGAACUUUUAUACCAAUAAUCCAUUAUGUUACACUUUAAAAAUAGCAUUUAUAACUAAAAAACUUUUGCUUUAUAAAGCAUUUGUUAUGAAAGAAACUUGCCAAAAACCAUUACAAUUUCUAUGCAUUAUGAGAUAAUUGAGUGACUUUUGAGGUUUUGCAUGUUGUUCUAGAUGCUCAUUCAGUGUUUAUAAUGUUGCUGUGGAAUUGUUAGCCAUCGCUGCUGUCACUUCCUAGAGUUAGGCUGUGCUGCCCGUGUGUGUGUGUGUGUGUGUGUGUGUGUGUGUGUGUGUGACUUGAGAAAGUAAGUACUUGGUCUAGUCUUUGGAGCCAGCACUUAGUGGCCUCACAAAAGGAAACACAGUUGUCACGCAGCACUGAACGUGUUUCAGGUGAACCAUUGCAGUCCAGAGAGCUUUCCUUCCACACACCUUCAAAAACAGAAAGCAACAUUCUGUGUGUUUGGUUUCUAAGUACUUUGUCACUGAGCGUUUUUACAGAAGAGAGUCCAACAGAGUGGCAGUGGAGCAGAACUGUCUCGCUGGCCUGGAUAUUUUAGGUUGAUGGGUGUAGCAGCAGGAGCCUGUGAGGCACACACGCUAUCUAGCUCCUCAGUGUGGCUUACUGUUAGAAUUGCAUCUGUAAGAAUAACUAGUAAUUUAGGGGCUGGAGAGAUGGCUCAGUGGUUGAGAGCAUGUACUGCUCCUCCAGAGGACCCGAGUUCUAUUCCCAGCUACUACAUCGGGUAUCUGUAAUUCUAGCUCCAGGCCAAAACGUCUGCACAUACUUACACAUAAUUGAAAAUAGUAGAAAAAUGAACCAAAAAAAGAAUAAUUAAUGGUUUAAUGUAUACCUUAUAGUUCCUAAUGUCAGCUUUUGUAUCCAGUAUUUACUUAGGUCUGUGGAGUGUAUUUAGUGUGCCCAUCAGGUCUUUCAUAGCUGUCUGUCCAGUUCAGUGCCUGGUGUUUCCCACUUGCCUCAGUGGUUCCACACAUACUCUGACGACAGAUUAACUCCGUCUCCUGUACUUGGUCAAAAUUCAACACGGAGAAAGUAUCAUUAUAUUCGUAUUUAUUCUUUUACAGCAGAGGUUAAACUAUCAUGAAAUAUUAAGCAAAGAAGACUGCUUCCUAAAGAGCCUUUUCACACCGGCAUGCCAAAAUUCCCCACUUAGUACUGGGUUUCCUCCUGUCAGCUCAAUAGAUAAUAAUUAUAAGAUCCCUUUAAUGAAAGGAUAAUCUCCUGAGGUAGAUACAGGCUUUUUGUGUGACUAUCAGAGGCAUAGUGACAGCCAGUGCUGUGUUUGGACACAUGGGUGCUGAAAUUACUGAUUUAAUUCUAACAUUAUUAAAACUAAUUCCUCAAGGCCGCUGUUACUUCUUUGCUUAGAGCAGUGGCUCUCGGCCUGUGGGUUGCAGCCCCUUUGGAGGGUUGAGUGGCCCUUUUCCAGGGGUCACAUACCCUGCAUAUCAGAUAUUUACAUUACAGUUUAUAACAGUGGCAAAAUUACAGUUAUGAAGCAGCAAUGAAAAUCAUUUUGUGCUUGGGGUCCCCACAGCAUGAGGAACUGUAUUAGAGGGUCACAGCGUUAGGAAGGCUGUGAAGCACUGGCUGAGAGGCAGAAAGGCAGAUUUAACUGUGAGCAUCCCUGCCAGAAUGUGCUUUAAGUGUCCAGCCCUCAGUGAGGCGCUGAAGCAAUAAGAGGAAACGGGGUUGGUUCUGUGUGGUGUGAGCAGCUCUUGUCAUCCAGCCCCAGCGCCUCACUGGAGCAUUUCUUGAUUCCUGUACUGGGAGAUUUCAGACACCAAAGACUAUGGCGUGGUAGGUCCAAUGAUGAAGUCUCUCUCGGUUAGCAGUGGGCAUGUAUUUUCGGAUUUAUUUUCCACCCUUGGAGCUUGUGUUUUGAAUCUCUCUGUCCAAGGCCUUUAUGUCUAGAGCAAUUUUUUGAACAAAUAGUAUAAAUACUUGGUAGGUUUUUAAUUUAUAGUUUCUGUUUUCCCCAUGUAAACAUUCAUUGCUAAAGCUGGACAUAGAGUUACCAGAUCAGCCUCGUGGUGAGUGAGCAUUCCCCUCUCUGUGCGGUAAUAUAAACAUUAAAAUCCCAUUGACCCGAAGGCUGUUGAAGAGAAUGACUGGCCAUACUUGAAUCGACCAGAAUCAGUAUGUGGCCCAGCUGGCCACUACAAGAAGACUUGGUGUGCUUUCAUGGAAUGGAGGCUAGGGUCAACGUCAUUGAGGUCCUUUGUUUUGUUACAAAUCAUGGAAGUGUGCAUACAGUUCCUUGUCUUCCAUCACUGAGGACUUAGGGGAUAAAAAGACAGAUUUAUCAUUUUAGUCCCUAUGGUUGAAGACCAGGCAUCUGUUUGGAAAUGCUAUAACCACAAUUAAUAUGCUUAGGGGGAAAUUUUCAUGAACCACAGAGGGCCGUGCUGUCCUUUUAGGAAGUAUUUACUUGCCCAGGUUGGUAGAUUGUCGUCUUUCUGUGUGUUUUCUAGCCACUUGGCUUCUCUAUGACUGAUGUGGAAAAAAGCACAUGUGUGUCUGCCUCACUCAAGUCAUAAUUGAAAACUUCUUUUUAAAGCUGCUACAGUUCUAACUUGGGAAAGGAAGAAGAAGAACCGUGUGGAUUAAAAUGAAAAACUGUGAUAACGCGUCAGCCGCUCCUGCCUGUCGAUGUUUGUAAUAUAGAGCGUUUGGUCACUAAGAGUGUUUGAAUUGGUUUCAUUUUUAGUUUGCUGCUCACUGACCUUUUACACUAAGAUGUUUCAUUUUUAUCCGCUCACUGUUUUUGCUUCACAACUGUCCGUGCACUUGUGCUUUAAAUAAAGCUCUAGUUUUGUGUCCA